AUGUCCUCGACGGUCUCUUUGGAAUUUGAUCGUGAUUAUGGUGAAGAGGUGCCUCCACUGGAUGUCUGUGCUAACUACAGAAUGGAUAUCAGUCUUACAAAUAUUGUACUUCAAUUAUUGCAUGAAACUGCGAUGAGUGUUUUUCGUGCCAUAAAGUCCCAAAAAUCAGCUACUAGCCAUCUCAAAGUAGCUAAUGCAUGGGUAGGAGUGGAUGCGGACGUGUGGCACCGAAAAAUUGCAUACCAGCAACAAGCAGCAGUCUAUGCCUUGCUGAAAACAGUAAUGGAGAUGGGGAGUAUGUUUGAUGAUAAACAUCCAACUUUCCCCCAAAGUGAAUUUGAUUAUGGAUUGCAUUCAAAGUCAGUUGAACAAGAGAGACCAGAACUUGGUGACAUGGAAGAUGCUACACUGAGUACAAAAAAGUUCAGUUGUAUUGCAGGGACUGUUCUGGCCACCAGUUGUUGUGUUGCUCUUACGAAGUUAGGUGCUAAGCGUAUUUCUUGUCCUGCAUUCACCAUGUCCCUUCCAGACUUGACAAGGGAACUUAUGGAUACAUUACAUGGUUCUUCUUCAAUAGGCAAAUUGCAUCGUUCAGCAACAAAUGCAGGAUUUGAAAAUGAAUUUUUGAGUCAUUUUGGCCCAAAAGUACUGCAUCAUGAUACAAGGGGCGAGGUAAUGUUUUGGAUGAGAUUGCUUGAAGUAAAGCUUGUAGCAGCAUUUAGUAGAGAAAAUGUCAUUACAAAUCUGAAGAGAAUUUGCAAUACACAGGUUUUAGCAAGGGAUCUGGCUGUUCUGGGGCUUUUUGCAUUUUUAGGAAGAAAGACAAGAUUAUUCUUAUCACAUAUGGGUAUAAAGGAUCUUGAUGAACCUGUCAAGGACUUCAUCUGCUACUUGGAAUGUGGUAUCCUUUUCUUGUAUCCAGAGUUAUCCUCCAUAUGUAUGUAUCAACUUUUUAUGGAGGUUGUGAGUGAGGAACUUGGAUGGCUCGACUUCUAUGCUGCAGUGCCCUGCAUAAGGCAUCAGGAAAGAAAGAGGUCAAAACAACAUGCUUUGCAAGCAGAGAAAGAAAUAAUUCUAUCUACUGUUUUUGGCGUUUGCUCAGAUAUGUUUUCAAGCUUUAUUCACUACAGCAAGAAGACCCAAGAAUCUCUUGAUGCUAAGUUGGUGGUGUAUCUACAACAAAGCAAGAAUCUACUAGUUAUUUGUAUUGAAGAUUAUUGGGCUGCUUAUGAUAGAUUAUGUGGGUUGGGGAGAACUACUCGAGCUCAAUUUCCAGAGCCAAUGACACAUCUACGAGACCUUGGUACCAUAAGAAUGCAACAUCAAUGUCGUGGGGAUCUAAUGGCCAGGGAAAUCACUGAAAGCAACCCUCCAUAUGUUUCAGGUAUAAACAAGCCUAGCUGCUCCGAUAAGAUCCUUGAUGAGCUUUCUGUUCCUGAAGCCAUGGAUGAAAAGAUUAAUCAGAAUUUCUUUGUUAGAUCUUGCUACUCUCUGCUAGCUACAAUCUAUGUAAGACUGGCACCCGCUUAA